CCACCUCGUCUCGACACUCUAUAUACGGCCCGAUCGUAUUGACCACGCGCUCUCACAGCCAGCAUAGCCUCCCGCUGGCCAAUCGACCCUACGGCCUCCCUGCCGCCAGUUCGUGUCGCCACCUUCUGUGUAAUAACCGCCAUGAGUGACACCAUUUGCUGAGCUCGCUCGCGCCGAUCCCGAGGACCGAAAUCCGCGUCCCUCUCCAACCGCGAUCCGAACCAUGCCCACUCUCCAGAUCACGCCCGACGCUCUCGACCGCCUCCAAGAUGUUGCUGACAUCCUCGCCAAGUCGCGCAAGGUCGUCAUCAUUACCGGUGCCGGCAUUAGCACCAACUCGGGAAUCCCCGACUUUCGCUCCGAAAACGGUCUAUACUCCCUCAUUCAAGAUCAGUUUGAGCGUGCAGAAGCCAAUGCUACUACCGGCAUAAAUAAGGACGAGGACGAGGACGAGGACAUUCCAGCCUUUCCUCCCUCCACCAAGGCAGCAGUCGACAGUAUUGGGCGUCCCAUGAAACGCAGGAGGACGUCCGGGCCGGACAAUUCUACGUCACCAGCUUUGCUUGCCUCAUUCCCACUUCCGGUCCUACCAACGCAAUCGAUCGUCGAGAAACCACCCUCUGCGAGCAUGAGUCCCGCUUCAUACCUGGAGCAGCCUUCCACGCAGGAAGAAGUUGUCGCCCCGAUGCCAUCACAAGAAGAUUCUCUUCGACGGGUGACGCGAUCGCAGGCGACUGCGUUGCGGCCCACCCUUCCUCGGCAUUUGACACAGCAUUCUGUCGACUCAUCAACGAGCCACGACUCUUUCUUCUCAGACCAGCCAACUUCCUGCGAGUCUCCGCAGACGGAUACGUCGAUCUUGCUGAACAGCAGCCAGACAAGUUCCCACACACAAACCAAAACCCCGAGGCACCCUACACCUCGGCUCCUUACUAGCUCGUCACCGCUUUCCUCUCCACCAUCAGACCCAUUCGACCCAUACGAAAAUGCCCACUCUUCGACAGAGAACAGUUCUCAUGAGGAUUCUGAUUGUUCGGAUACUUCCGAAUCUGAUGAUACCCAGCAGUCGCUUGACCUCUUUUCCUCCCAAGCGUCAACUUCGAAUCUCAGAAAUAUGAAGGGUAGAGACUUGUUUGACUGCAAUAUAUGGGCUGACCCACUGAAGACUUCAGUUUUUUACAGAUUCGCCACGUCAUUGAGACAACGGGUCAAAGAAGUCGAGCCCACCAUAACACAUCGCUUCAUCGCACAGAUGAGAGAUAUCGGAAAGCUCGCUCGCGUCUACACUCAGAACAUUGAUGAAAUCGAGAAGAAGAUCGGUCUCUCGACUGAUCUCAAGCAUGGAUACGGCAGUAAGAAGAGAAAGUCGAUCAAGCAGUACCUCCCGGAAUCCCCAGUGAAGGAAGAGGCUACACAGCAACCUAAUGAGGCUGCCACUACAAACGCCGUGGAUGUGAUACAAACUUCGCCACGAUCAGGAGAUGCGGCGCCAACGCAAACUAAACCUCGCCCCAGCCUUGGCUCCGACAAGGGUGUUGAGUGUGUGUUCCUUCAUGGGUCUCUUCAUUCUCUGCGCUGUUUUGUGUGCGGAAAACUCUGCGAUUGGGACGAAGACGGUCGGGAAUCGUGUACCUUGUUGGGAGAGCAGCCAGAGUGCCCUCACUGUGCUGGGGCAACUGCGGCUCGUCAGGAGAAGGGGAAAAGAGCCCUCGGAGUUGGCAAGCUUCGCCCAGACAUUGUCUUAUAUGGCGAAGAACAUCCCCAAUCUGAUCUUAUAUCCCCGAUCGUGCAGCAUGACCUUGCUACAGGCCCAGACCUGCUACUGGUGCUUGGCACGAGUCUACGUGUACACGGCUUGAAGGUCAUGGUCAAGGAAUUCGCGAAAGCGGUACACAAGAAAGGUGGCAAGGUCGUCUUCAUCAACUUCACCAAGCCCUCUGAAAGUGUCUGGGGAGAUGUUCUGGACUAUUGGAUCGAAUGGGACUGCGAUGCCUGGGUUGAGGAUUUGAGGAAUCGCAAACCUCUCCUAUGGCUCUCUCCUGAGGAGCGACUGGAGAUGGACAGGCAGAGACGGGAGACUCUGGCUGAGAGGAAGAAGGAGAAACAAAAGAAACGUGAAAGUAUAAAUGGGAAGAAGCGGGAAGAUUCUGGAGGAAGGGAACAGCCUGUACCAGAACCAAGCAAGCCGCGGGUACCACCAAAGAACCCCGUUGCUAUGCGGAACGACUAUCAAUGUGGCGCAUAUGUCAUAUGGGACAUAUUUCAGACACUGGCCAAGAUAGGCGAUCGCCCUUUCAACAAUCUAGGUUACAUACCGCCUGCCUCUAGCCUCGACACUCCACUGCCACCUCCUUCCAGCUCCAUAUCUAAUUCCCAAGUGCCAUCUCCGUGCGAACCGGGUGGUACCCCUAAUUCGCGACCUAGUGGUAGGAAAACGACCAGGAAACCACUCCCUAGAAGGGCACCCAGACAGGGACAAGUUCCUCGUUGUCAACCUAAUCAUAAAAGCUCAAGUCCCGUCCCGACUGAACCGGGGAAUCCCGGCCAUAAAGCUUCUGAUGUUCUCGCCGGUGCGACUCUUGGAAAUCCUGAACCAACCCAGCAGGCUGCAGAGAUUUCACAGGUCGAUCUGCCGCAAGCUAAAAGGAAAAAAGCAAGGAAGUCUGCUCCUGCGGCUCUCACUAAUUGUAUAAGUAUCGAUAAUAAGAAGAAGCCAGUGGCUAGGAACAAGCGCUCUGAAACACACUCGGGUAAAGACCGGUACUUGAAAGCUGCUAGGGAGCUCGCAAGAUCGGGGAAGACUCCAUCCCCAGGGUGUUCGGCCAUGCAAAGCCGAUUACCGGCCACACCGCGGCGCCCAUUCAUGCCUUCCAACCCACAUGACCUACACCUUGGUCCUUAUCCUGGAGGCUAUCAUUUUGUUGGCCCCGAAGAUGCUAGUGGCAGCAGCAGAAGACAUUCUCCCUACACAUUCGAUCCCUACUUACGCUUACUACCGCUACCACCGAGUACCCCAGCUCUCCAACACCAUAGUCCACUACCGGUCUCGGGAAGAGCAUCAGUCGGUUCCAACAUGGGGUACGAGGUGGAAGAGCUGCCACCUGAGCUUCCACCCAUCAAGCAAUGGGGGGAUUCGACACCAUCGCCAGCCCCCCUUGCUGGGAAAAUUGCCCCUAUGGAAAUUGCUCCGCUGGUUGGACCAGUUAGUCCCUUAGUCGAAACCUGGCCCAAGACUCAAUGCUCUUACGCGUGGCAUCAUUCUUCUCAGCCCAUUUACAACGAUCCGCUUGUGGGUAUAUCGCGCCAGGCCACCGCCAAUCAUAAACAUCAGUGGCCUGCGGAAUCCAACAACGAUGACAACAAGACCCCCAGCCCCUCGGAGCAAUUGCGCAUGGAAGCUGCUGCUACACAGCUAUGGCGGAUGCGGGGGGCAACAUAGAUUUGGGGGGAGGGAUCUUUAUUCAUUUAAUGACGCACUAUGCUAUAGAUACCCCUGAAUUGUUGUCCUGCACAGCUCAGUAGGAAUGGUAGAAUUAUCGACAUGAAGACUUGUUGAAUGUAAUUUAUCAUUCCACCCAUGGAAGGGCCAUAGCUACCUAUACCCUCGACAUUAAAAGACCUUAACAUAGGCCUUUUUGUAUAUACAGUACA